GCCAAAUUGCCGUUAUAUCGCUUUUCAUUAGAACGCUCUAUACGCAAUGACUAGUAAGAUGUCAAAGCCUUGCUGGAUAAAGCAUAAAGCCUGCAAAAUUAAUACAUAGACGUAAAAAGGAAUCGCGCUUUCAUCUCGUUUGUGAAGUCUCUUAAAGUUCUUUACGCUGGCAAUACUGUCGGGAGAAUGAGCUCUCUCUCUCCCUCUCUCUCGCUCUUUCGCUUUCGCUGGCCUAAAGAAAAAGUGCAAUUUAAUGUAAAUCGAACUUUUACUUAAACAAAUUACUUUCGGUCCAAUAAGUGUAAUAAUACGCCUAUAUUUUUAGUUAACGCCUACUUAUAAUAAAAAAAUCAAGAAAAAAAACAAAAAAAAGAAUCAAUAUUCUUCUGAAUGCUAUUCGAUGGUAAUAUUAGUGCGUUUAAGUGCCGAUUGUAUUUAAAGUUUAUAAGCUUUAAUAAGACCCGAUGAUGGCUGGCGCUGGUCAUUUCAAGUGCAUCCACAUUUUUUCUUUUAUUUUGUAUUGUUUUUUUCUUUUUUUUUUUCACUUUAUUGUAUAAUUGCAAUUGUCUCAACUAUGGGCAAUUCCAUUCUGACGCCUAUAGCCUUUACGCUAUGCAGUUGUGGCGAGAGUAGGAAAUAAAACCAUAUUUUUUUCUACGCAUAAUACAUUUGUAAACAAAAACAAAUACCGCAAAAUGUUAAUGUUUACGUUCUUUGUAAGAGGUUAUCAAGAUUAUUUGAACUGUAACGGAACAAGAAAUCUAUGUAAAAAUGUAAAAACCCUUACAAAUUAAAUAAUUUCAAUGUAACACUUUUAGUUCAAGAAUUAUAAUCAAAAGUGGAAGUGUUACUUACUUACUUGUAUAAAAAUAAAAGGAAACGAAAAAAAAAAAAAAAAAGAAAACAAGCGAUCAUAAUAAUAACAACAAAGACAAUGUUUAAAAAUUCCGCGAACACCGUUAUACGUAAUUAUGCAAAAACAUCGAUUAAAGUAUCCAAAAAGUUAGGUAUUUUGGGUGUACCUUUUUCUAAGGGCCAAGGUAAAACAGGUGUGGAUUUAGCACCAGAUUUUUUAAGGGAAAACGGUUUAUUAACAAUGCUAAAUAAAUGCAAUGUAAGCAUUUCCGACUAUGGUAAUCUGAAACUUGAGACUCACGUAACAAGCGAAGAUAAUUCCCCAUAUAAGAGAAUCAAGAAUUAUGCGGAAUUUAUGGCAUGCAAUAAAGCUUUAAUACCGCGCAUAUCUGAGGUUUUAAAUGAAAACGAUAUGUUUUUAAUAUUAGGUGGUGACCAUUCAAUUGGGUUUGGUUCCGUUGCGGGACAUUUAUUGCAUACACCGAAUCUUUCGUUGGUGUGGGUCGAUGCUCAUGCCGAUUUAAAUUUACACUCUACCAGUUAUUCAGGCAAUAUUCAUGGCAUGCCGGUAUCUUUAUUGUUGAAAGAAUUACGCAAAUACUGGUUACAAGCUGAUUUAUAUCAAUUUGCUCCCAAGUGUUUGCCUGCUGAUCAAUUGGUUUACAUUGGUCUACGGGACAUUGAUCCUUUCGAAGACUACAUACUUAAUAAGCUGAAUAUUAAAGCAUUCUCCAUGGAUGCUAUUGAUCGAUUUGGUAUAUCGAAAAUAAUGGAAAUGUCAUUAGAUGCCCUGAAACCUUAUAAUAAGAUUCAUUUGAGUUUUGAUAUAGAUGCCUUGGAUAUGUACGUUGCACCAAGUACUGGUACACCUGUACGCGGUGGCCUAACAUUAACUGAGGGGCUAUAUAUAACAGAUGCUCUCAGGGUCACAGGCCGAUUACAAGGCAUAGAUGUAGCAGAAUUCAAUCCCGCGCUGGGAACAGGAGAUGAUUUGGAAAGCACCCUCAAUGCAACAAUGCGAAUAAUUCGAAAAGCUUGUGCUGAUCGAGAAGGAAAACUUACAGGAAUUAAAGAAAAUGUCAUAAAUUUAUCAAAAGAACUAAAUGAAAAGUAAAUAAAAAGGUAUAUUUUAACAACAAACAAAAAGCCUUUUAUGGAUAAUUGAAAGGACACAGUCAAUUAGGGAAGCUUGUGUAAAAUUCGAAUUUAGAAAAAGUUUUGUCUU